CGCGACGAUUCGCGAGUUAGAGUGUGAAGAAAAACUGAAUUUCUGUUAUUUGAUUUUUUCUAAGGGUUGCUGCAGGACUUUUGCUGCUUAAAAACGUAUUAAAAUUGUCUCUGACACUACAUACAGUCUGAUACAGUACCAAUACGCGCUCUCAUCGUUUUUAUAUGUUUACUGUAGUUUUUCGCAGGAAAUUGCAGUUUGAGAUGGUUGAUUCAAUUUUUUAUAUUCGCAUAUGUAAUUGUCUGCAGUGGUAUAAGACGAUCCUAAUCCAUUUUAGGGAUUUUCUUAUGUUACAUUUCUGCAAUUUUAUGUUCAGGAUUUUCCUUGCGAAUAUAACUUACACACACAUGUACAUAUAUUGAAUAAAUUUCCAGUAAACAAGACGAAUCAGGUCAAUUGGAUAUUCAGAUUUUCCAUUCACUGUUUUUACAUAAUUAAUUUUGUGUCAUUAUCUCUAGCUGGUACUUCCAGUCACUAUUUCUCUUGACCUUUUAUAGUGGCAAGACUGACUGCUACACCUGGCAAUAAAAAAUGUUACAAUGGAUGGGUGGAUCAAGGCGGAAAGUGACAACAUCAAGAAAGUCAACUCAUAAAAGACAGAAGCAAUAUUUUGAGCAAAGGAGACGGCAGCAGCAGUGUGCUGGUUUAGAGAGCUGCAUUGAUGGAAAACGCGCAUGCACUCUGCAUUAUGACUAUAGUAGAUCGCUUGACAUUCUUAGUCUUCAAAAUUUAGCAACUGUAGCUCAGGAACACAAUACGAGUACAACAACUGCAAGUGAUAACUUGGAGAAUGCUGAUUUCUCUCUGAACGAUCAAGAUGCACUCCCUUCUCAAGUUAUUUUCACCAGGGAUGGCGUUUCUGUGGAUCAAGCUGAGAAUAAUGAAUGGGCUCCAUCAAAUGGCACAGAGGCUGAAUAUCCAAAGAAGGACUCAGUUCAUUUACAGAACGGUAAUGGAAAUUUAGCUGGAAACUUCAGUGACCUGGAUUCUUUCAAGUUGUCCAUGUCACACCAGAUACGUGUCAUCGAUUUACUUGGUGAUGACUCAACCAGUAAUGCUGAGGAAAAUUCAUUACGACAGGAAGGCCAUGUCGCAUUCUCAGUCGAAGGUCUUGGACAAGUGGACACAGAAACUCCAGUUCACUCCCCAAAGAUACCUGGAAGAUCCUUUCUGGACUGUUACUCUCCACCAAAAAAGGCAGUGAGAUUACCUAUCACAUCCAAACACUUGGAUUAUGGAUUUCAUGACCUAGGGUCUAGAUUGGAUGUUUUGAUGCACGAUAUUGAUUUUUCGCCAUGUAGCGGUACAAUAGAUCAGUCUUUCGGCACCAGGGACAUGAUAAAUGCAGCUGCCGAUCCAAAGCAGAACUUCUUAAAUUUCAGAGCACCCUCUUCAUACAAUUGGAACUGCUCCAAUAUACAUGGGAUUUUAGAAAAUGACGAACUCUUCUAUAACAAACGAGACAGCAGCAGAAGAAUCUGGGAAGGCCCUAGCUUCUUGGAUGAUGGCUUUGAUGAUCUGGAAGAGCAAGAGUCAUUCUACACAAACUUUGAUGGAAGAGAUGUUGGUUUUGAUGAUUAUUAUCUUCCCAAAAGCCCCUGGAAGCAGGACUUGGAUUUUAAUGGCUGGGAUGUAAAUAAGAAAAGGUCCAGCAUAAGAAGUCCUCAAACAUACAGUGUGAAAGCUUCUGUUAGUAACAACAUAACAUGUCCUCAAAGCCUCUGGAAGCAGGACAUAGAUUUUGAAGCCUGGGACAUAAAUAAGAAAAGGUCCAGCAUAAAAAGGCCUGAAACAUACAAUGCGAAAGAGUCACCUGGUCCCUAUCCGGAACAUCUUACUAUGAAGGAUCUUCAUGGUAUCAGAAUCUCAGAUAAGAGGUGCCAUUCUGAUAUUGAAAUCGGUAAUGAUGUUAAAGAUAACAACUCUGUGACAGAAGACUCGAGAUCGAGGAGUUUGGCAAGCGAAGAAUCUUGCUCUUGCACUGCAGGAAGAGGUGCUUCGAUCAAUAAAUCAUUAUAACUGAAGCUUGACAAAAAACCAAAGUUCAACUGUUCAAGCACAUUUAAUUCGACUUCCAUACUAAACUGGAUGUCAGCCAUCUCCAAACCCGGUGUGUUACAGAAGGGGAAGCAUCCAUCCUUAUACAAUAUCUUUGUAUAUCUUUACCAAUACCAAUUACUACUAUCUAGCAAGACUUCCUAGAAUGCACCUUUCUGAAGACUGAAAUACUCCACUAGUUAUUUAGUUGGUUAUCUGAAGCCAUUAUCUCAACAUAAGAAAAUUAUAUGGAUAAGAUUUAGCAAAAUGCAAUAGUUUCACUUUAUCUAAGGCUGUAAAAUAAUGGCGUAUGGAGAAAGACAGUUCCAUGGAAAGUAGCAAAGUAGUGUUUGCUUCUAUGAAUAAUUGAGCCUUUGAAGUUGCA